AUGCUGUUGUCCGCUGGGCCCGUGUCCCUUGUGGCCACGGGUGUCAGGUUCAAGCAUAUCAUUUUAACUCUUGGAAGUGCCCAGGUGGGACGCAAGCCAGUCCCAAGUCCCCUCUGCGGCCACAUUAAUACAGCGAAUUUAACAGCCACCACAGCAACCCGCUCUAGGUCCACCCGUGGGAAUUGCUUCUCCCCGCCGCUUGAGAAGCGACUCAGGUCGGCCAGUGGUAUCGGCGCGCUGACAAAGUUCCUUCACACCGGUGCUAUGGCAGCCAUUAAAGUUGACCUGAACUCCAGAGAGGGGGACUGGAAGGAUAUCAAGGAAUUCUUGCUGUCUCAACCUGUGGAGGGCAGGCGUAAAUAUUACAGGACUGAAUAUAUACAGCUGGACAACAUCCCAAUUUGGACGCACACUGGAGCAUCUGAUUUCCUUGAAGUGAGUUAUUAUCUCAGAAAUCAAAACCUUGAUGGGAAAAUUUCGGUGUACAGUGGUGACAUCACAGUACUGGAGGUAGAUGCCAUUGUCAAUGCAGCCAAUCAGACUCUGCUCGGAGGAGGUGGAGUGGACGGAGCCAUCCACCGUGCUGCCGGACCCCUCUUAAAGAAAGAGUGCGCCUCCCUUGGCGGCUGCCAGACUGGACAAGCAAAGGUCACCUGCGGUUACGGCCUUCCCGCCAAGUAUGUAAUCCAUACGGUGGGGCCGAUUGUUCAAACUGUCGUCGGAGAGGCGGAAAGGAGCGCUCUGAGGUCGUGCUACAACAACAGCCUGCGGAAGGCGACGGAGAACAAUGCACGCUCAGUGGCCUUUCCGUGCAUCUCCACUGGAAUCUAUGGUUAUCCUCCUGAGCAGGCUGUGCAUGAGGCCUUGGCGACCGUGAGGGAGUUUCUGGAAGAACAUCACGACAAGUUCGACAGAGUCAUCUUCUGUGUGUUUUUGCCCAAUGACCUGGAGUUGUAUCUGCAGAACAUCCCUCUCUACUUUCCUGUUGGUAGGUUUGCAUACACAUAUUGCAAUUACAUGAGUCAUCUCAAACUCCUCUUUUGA